CUUCUCACAAAUGCCCUAACACAUUCAGAUCAGAUAACCCUAAGCCCACACACGAAGCGACAAUUGCUCUCUAAGCCCUCCAGAUCAGACAACCCUAACCUUGUCUUCAUUGUGCCUCACGAAGAAUCCCCUAACCGCGAUGAGGAACAUCAGAUCGAAGAACCCGUAACCUCUCUUCAUUGUGCACUCCCCAAAGAACGUCGUCGGCGCGCGCGAUACCUCUGUCGGCAAUCCCUCUUCCGGCCCGUAACCCUCCUUUAAGUUUCUUCUCUCUUCUCUCGACACUCUCUCCCUCAAGCUCACUGUGGCUCACCUCUCUCACGGCUGGUCUCGCCGUCGACCCCUCUCUCUCUGGUUUCACGCUUCUCUCGCGCCCAUUUCAGACUCAAGCUCAUCGCUCUCUGUCACCACCGUCGCAAGCUCUGUCGCGCUCUGUCACCAUUGCAAGCUCGUCUUCUUGUGUCGGCCGUCAACGCUUCCUUCGUCGUGAGUUGGUCCUGGGUAGGUUGGUAAAUUAGGAACUGGGAGGAUGAAAUUGAGUUAGAUGGAGAAGUGAUUGAAUUGAGUUACCGCGGCUCGUAUCCCUGUUGGCAAUUGCUGAGAGGAAGUGUAGAGAGAAGCCCAGCCAGAGCUUCAUUGCUUUAUCUGCCCUUGUUCCUGGUGUUCACUGCUAUGGCAUUCAUCUUGUUCGCAGAAGAGAAUGUUGACAUUGCUGUUGUUGAGGCUGGUUUAGGGGGUGCUCGGGAUGCAAAGAAUGUUAUAUCCUCAGUUAGGAUAAAGGCUGCACCACAUACUCCACUUAGGCUACGUGAUGAUCCUGAGACAGGUUCCAUUUUAGAGAAACUUACAGAGGAGAACUUACGGGACUGGGGGCUUUUGCAAGACUUCUAUCGUUUUGUGAAGACAAUAGAAAGUUCUGCCAAGGAAUUCUUUGGGCAAAGGUAACUCAGCCACCCUAGCUGCCAGCGUGGGUUUCUUCUAUGAAGACUGCUAAACCUACUGUUAAUGGUAUGAAUUUGUUGUUUUUAAUUAUAAUUUUUUAUCAAAUAUGAAGUGUGUAGUUGAGUUGCUUAAUUUCAUUAGAUAGAGAAACAUUCUUGUGCCUUUCUAUUCAAUAGCUUUUGAGAGCUAUGAUGGUUCAUGAUAUGGUGGUAUUCAGAACCUUUGUGAUAAAGAUUUUUAGAGUUUGAUCCUUAUUGCCCCAAUCCUAAAAUUGUAUUUUAGCACAAUAUAUGGGUAGACCUCUGCAUUGUCCAUGCAAUAAGCCCAAAAUAAGUGGUUGUGAGGGGCAUGCAUAUUAGAUAUAAAAGUAUUUACAUGCCUCUACUGAACAACUUAAGUUUUUGGAAAAGUUGCUUCAAUGAUAAAUUUUACUAGUUUGAAUGAAUUGAUAUAGGUAUUUGAUUACAGGCUUAUGAUAGUUGUAAGUUCUAUUAGGCAUUGAA